AUGGAGGACAUGGCUUUGUUAAGAUUGCUGACCUUAGCACUAGUCCUCGGGCUAGGAACGGCCCAUGCGACAGAGGUUGCGGACUUACCAACAGAAGCACAAACGACAUUCCUGAAGUUUGCGGAGGAAAAUGGCGUGAACUCAGUGUCUGAGUUGACACCGCUUUACCGGAAAGACUUGGAUUCGGCUUACGCCGCGUACUGGCAGAUUGUCACCGACAAGGGAGAUUAUCUUGUCAUAUCUUCCGGUCCAAGUACAGGCGACUACAGAAUUGUCAUGGAGGGUAAGAUUCCAUCGCCAACCGCCAUUCUUGAUGCUCGGGCUGAAAGCCUGGGAAACGCAUGCGCAAAGUAUUACAUGCUAUCGCCCGGUGGCAUUCUGAUGUGCGAAGACGAGACUGGGAGGAUAUCCGCAACGUCACAUGACCCUUUCAUCCAAUCAACAACAGCGGACAAGAGUAUUGAAGGGCUACACAGGUUCCUCGAGAUCAAGUAUCAUGUUCUAAAAACACACUGGAACCACGUCAAAGACGCCGUUAGCCAAAUCGGUAUCUGGAAUACGUCGACUGUGUACUCGUCCCAAUACCAGCACCUUUUCAACAGCGAUCGCCCUAUCAGAAAGUCUAACGAAACAGAGGAAGGGAUUUUGAUCGGAGAAACGGUUCGCUUGCCUAUUGUAUUCGGGUCGAAAGUCAAGGUCAUAUACGCAUCUCAUUCAGUUAACGAUGAUCGCCAUGAAGGACAGAAAAUACUUUGUGACAUUUUGAAACUUUGUUCCCUAAAUGACCUCUACGUCGUUGACGGAUCAAAAGUGGUUUCCGGUGCACAUGGGCUGUCGUACCUCACGAUCUACCCGCGCUGGCCCGGUUAUUCACUGGCUGGAAAAGAGCUGAGCUUCCAAGUGGAGACGCUUCUUCCCGAUGGCAGAAUAUACGUGCGGAGAUUUGGGUUGGAUCUACACAAAAGAGACAGAAGACUGACCACUCCUGCCACCAUGGCGAUAGCUGAUGAGUCUUAUUUUCCUGAGUAUGACCAACACAUGCUGUCUGACAGGCACUGCUAUGUGGGAUGCGGGCCGGUCUCCUGGGCCAUGAUCUUCGGGUACUUCGACCGCCGGUCUCACGGGAAUCCGCAGAAAUAUGGUACCCAACCCCAGGCCCUCUGGCGAUGUGGUCCCACCGGAAACGAGGGUAACAACAGCUGCGUAGCGCCAUCAAGGAACACAGCUACCUUGAAACACUACACGGAACAUCUCAACGGCAUCAUGGGAACUUUCUGCAUCGGAGACCAAGGUGCGACGCCGCAGUGGAAAAUGGACGAUGUUGUCGAUUACUUCAAAGACAGGCUCAGCGGUGCCAACCCGACCAUAGAAGCUCAUCACGACUGGUUACUAAGCGACGUGGGCGUGUAUGAAGACAAGUUCCGUGAUAACAUGAUCCAGUUUAUCCAGUCCGGCUGGCCCACCGUCGUCGGUAUACGCGUUGAUGGCGUUUUCUCCCAGCACUACCCAGUCGCCAGUCGUUAUCGCCACCAUGUCACCCGGUCCCGCACGUGCAUCUCCGAAGCGACACCGAGCGGGACUGGAAGUUGUGCCAAAUGGCGCUCAGCCACCGAGUACGAUAUGUACCUUCAUAUGGGCUGGGGAGGGUCUCAGAACGGCUGGAGAAAGGCUGGAAUGUUCUUCGCUGCAGCUGCGAAAUACGACCUCCCAACCGCUGCUUAAAGUUAUGAAAAUGUACAGUACAACCGCUACUUAAAGUUAUGAAAACGCACCGUACAACUGUUGAUUAAAGUUUUCAAAAUGCAAACGCACAACUGUUGAUUACAGUUUUCAAAAUGCAAACGUACAACUGUUGAUUAAAGUUUUCAAAAUGCGAACGUACAACUGCUGAUUACAGUUUUCAAAAUGCAAACGUACAACUGUUGAUUAAAGUUUUCAAAAUGCAAACGUACAACUGUUGAUUAAAGUUUUCAAAAUGGAAACGUACAACCGUUGAUUAAAGUUAUCAAAAUGUACCGUACAACCGCUGCUUAAAGUUAUCAAAAUGCACCGUACAACCGCUACUUAAAGUUAUGAAAAUGUGCCGUACAACUGUUGAAUAAAGUUUUCAAAAUGCAAACGUACAACUGUUGAUUAAAGUUAUCAAAAUGUACCGUACAACCGCUGCUUAAAGUUAUCAAAAUGCACCGUACAGCUGCUGCUUAGAGUUAUAAAAAUGUUCCGUACAACCGCUACCUA